UUUGGUUACGUCGCGGAACGCAAUAAAAAAUAUGUAGUAAAAACCGUGGAUGAACUUGAGAAAGGCUUCGAUAACGCUGUUAGUGGUUAUCCGUUCUGGAUUGAUCCAUUUUGCAAAGAUAGUCAAGAUAGCAUUUGCCAUAGGCAAACGUAAGUAAAAUAUUGUAUUUUUCCGUGCUUUCAUGCUCAUGAAUGUGGUACAUUAAAGUUCAAAGUACUGUACAAUAAAUAUAUGUAUUCUACAUAGGAGGGGCUAGUGCAACAUCAAGCAGUGCAACCUCAUCUGCGAUCUCUGUCGAGAAAAAAGCCACCAUCGCCGAUAUAAUGACAUCGUUGCAGGAAAAGCAUGGACUGAAUAGCUAUCCGGACUACAAAUAUAGGAUUUGGGCAGAAAUGGUGGUAUGUAUACCAAUGCGGAAUCAUGUUUCUGCUUGUCAGCAAUGAAAAAAUGUUAUUAAACAUCACGAAUUAAAACGUCUGUAUACCUAUAUAUAGUUUUAAGUUUUUGUUCAAUGACAUGCUUUUCGUUCAUGUUGUAGAUGUUGGGUAGCGGGGAUAUGGACACGGUACCCGACGUACCCAUGUUCAAUAGGCCUGCAAAAAGACCAAGAAGUUCAACAACAACUGCAACAACUUCUGCAGUUGGUGAAGAACCUGCUGCCCCAACGAUCCAGCCCACAGAAGCAGAUGCGGUGAGUCCAUGCAAUUUGUACCAAGACAUAAUUUAUUAUUCCAUAAAAAGUCAUUGUUUUUGUCUAUUUAAUUACAGACAACUAAACGAUCUGAAGUGCUGAAGCAAUUGCGGGAUUUGUUUGAGCUUUUGCAGAUGGACGCGAUUUCAGAAGCAGAAUACAUGGAAAAAAAGAAAAUGUUUCUCGAUCUGCUCCAAAUCUGA